GUCGAGGCCCAAGCCUUCACAGAAACUAGUCAUGGAGAAACGACACGUCGUUUGUUCCAACCUCUGCUGCUUCCCUCGUUUCCUAAUAACCACACCUACCUUUUUCUCGAGGAUAUCGAAGCUCGGGAUUGAAUUUAAAGCCCGCGAUUUUUUUAACUUCCAGGUGUUUGUUGUGGAUAUACUUUUUUGACAGAGAUGUUUUUUUUUUCCUGGGCUAAGCCUUCUCCUCAAGAGCAGAAGGAUUGCUUGAACAAGUCAGGUGCCUUCAACUAUGACCCUAAGUACAGGGGAGCUACUGCUAAACCUGUAUCUUCUCUUAAAGAAGACCAUCAGCUGUCAAAAGAUGGUUUCUUAUCAAACCAUGCCCGGGUUUUAGUGGGUUCUGGUCUUGAUACUUUUGAAAAGGGAAAAUCAGCUCUUCAAACUUGGAGGCAUUUUGGAUUAAAUUGGGCGUUUGUUGAUCCCAAGACUCCGAUUCAGACUGGGGUAAAGUUCUGUGUUUGUUUGAAGGAGUUUCUGCCAUGGGUCAUGAUGCCCCUUGAGGUGGUUUAUGUUAAAGAAAGUAAAAAGUCUAGGAAGACCAUGCCCUCAUUUUCUUUUGGCAGUGGUACUCUGCAAGGUCACCUGUUGGCCGGGGAAGAGCGUUUUUCAAUUGAAAUGGAUGAGAAUAAUCAGGUGUGGUAUGAGAUACUUUCCUUCUCGAAGCCUGCUCACUUUCUGUCCUUUGUUGGUUACCCAUAUGUGCAAUUCAGGCAGAAGAUUUUCGCUCAUCAAUCCGCCAAUGCAGUUAAAGAACAUGUGAAUGCUUCGUAACCUUUUGUAUCAUAAAAUGGAAAUUAUGCCUGUCGUCAUCUUGUAAGAUGUGUGGUAAAGCAGUUAUGCUUCCCAACAAUCACUUUAUAUUUAUAUGCGGAUCAGUUUCCUUGGAGCUGC